GACGCCAUGGAAGGUGCCGCCGGAGACGAUUUCCUUCUCCCACCGGCGGUCGUCUGUCUCGACGUGGUGGAGGAGGACGUGGCCAGAUCCAGAUCCAUCUACUGCGAUCAGUGCCGAGUUGUUGGGUGGAGUGGGCAUCCGGUGUGUGGGAAGCGAUAUCAUUUUAUAAUAAAGUCGGAUGGCAAUUCCAUUGGCGGCUAUCACAAACCCUGUAUCUGCUGUGGAGAUGUCCUCUAUUUGUCUGAAUCCAAGUGCAAGUCAUGCAAUCUUGAAACAAAUACAGAUGACGUGGAAGAUUGGGUUUACAGCCAGUUGGAGAAUACAAGUCAUCUUCUCCACGGGGUUAUCCAUUCAAAUGGUUUCGGUCACCUUCUCAGGAUCAAUGGCCGGGAAGGCGGCUCCAGGUUUCUCUCCGGUUCCCAUAUCAUGGACUUUUGGGACCGCCUUUGCAAGCUCCUUGGAGCCAGGAAAGUGAGCGUGAUGGACGUCUCGAAGAAGUACGGGCUGGAGUAUCGGCUGCUUCAUUCCGUGACAAGAGGGCAUCCCUGGUAUGGCAACUGGGGUUAUGAAUUCGGUGCCGGCAGCUUCGCUCUCACCCUCGAUUCCUAUAACUCCGCUGUUCAAAGCCUCUCGGGCCUACCUCUGUCCAUCUUUUUCUCUCAACACCAGAACCAGAACCAAGGCCUUCUCGACGUCAUCUCCCAUUACCAGUCCCUUUCUGAACGCGACCUUCUCACCGUCAAAGACCUCUUCUCCUUCGUGUUGAAUUUGCUAGAUGAUGCUCGUAAGAACAACCCCUCCUCCUCCUCCUCCAGGACUGAUGUCUUCAAGCACCACCGCGCCGCCGGCACCUCGGGAGCAGUCUUCUUGCCUUGGUGGACUCGGAACGAUAUCGACCGAGUCGAAGAGGCCAUGCUCAGAGUGCUGCGUGCGGUUUCCGGGGCCAACUGGGUCAGUUGGCGUGCUCUCAAGGGUGCUGUCUGCAAGGUCGGCCCUCCGGAGCUUCUUGACUACUGCCUCAAGGAGCUUGGAGGGAAAACUACGGUGGAUGGGAUGGUUGUUAGUGCCAGAUUGAAUCCUGAUACUGGAGCUUUUGAGUACCGACUGGAGCUUGGAAGGGUUUCAAUGAAAGGAAGCGCUGAUUGCAUUGGGGUUUCUGUUUCUAGCACAAGAGCCGAAGAACGUCUCCUGCAGGACCUCAAGUACUUGUACGAAUGCUUGCUCCACCCCCGAACCAUGAUAGACUACAUACCUCAGGCGACGAGGGAUCUUGCAAUUAGCUCGGCUGAGAAGCUACUCGACUGCAAGCAGUUUGUGAAAGAGUAUGAAACGGAGAAGAUAUCGAACACCAGCCCUUCUUUUACACUCCUUUCAUGCCAAGUUGAACUUGUUGAUGAGAUUGAAGAAAUUUCGACAAUACCACCGCCAGAACUUGUUAUCCUCUCUGCAAACGCUACCGUGUCUGAUCUGAAGCUCGAAGCGUCGAAAGCUUUCCAAGAUGUAUAUCUGAUGUUUAAAAGAUUUCAUGCUGAUGAGCUGCUUGACUAUAGCGGUGUUGAUGAAUCCACCCAGGUCAAAUGCUUGUUAGGUUCAACGGGAUUUGUUCGCUUGAGAGGCAGGUGCCAUGUAAAACACGGCCUGAGCAGGUUUAGGAUGGAGAGGGGGGUCGAAAGGUGGACGGUGGACUGCAGCUGUGGUGCGAAGGAUGACGAUGGAGAGAGGAUGUUGGCGUGUGAUGCUUGUGGCGUGUGGCAGCACACCAGAUGUUCCGGCAUUUCCGACUCUGAGUUGGUGCCUGCAAGAUUUGUUUGCCGCAGAUGCAGAAGCGCCCUCCUGACACCUAAAACAGGUGCGUUUUGCAAGGAUGCAGUAACAACUAAGGUGGGCAAUAGUGCUAGUAGCUGCGUUGAUAAGGGUCUGGCUGCUCCUGAUUUUAGGCUGUGAAUGUGAAAAAGAAAAAGAGGCAACCCUUCCUUCUGGUACUGCAUUGUGUUGGACUGUCGGAUCUUCAACGGUUUUACGUACUUGUUUUAUUCUGGCAACUUUUGGGAUGGAAUCUGAUGUCAGAAAGGAAUACUGGGUGGAAGGAAACAUUGAAAGUGGUACAGAUUAGAUUGGACGCUUUUGAGUUUUGGGAUGGAAGUGAGUUUCUCGGUAGGGCGGGGCCUGAAUCGACUUUGUACAUAAAAGAAGCCUGCCCUGCCCUGCCUUUUCAACAAUGCGUGGCGGGUUGUACUUGACCUUUGUUCUCUGAGACCUCCUUUUAUUCCCCCUUGAUGAUUUCCUACUGAUGGCUGAUGGCACAAAUCAUUAAACUAAAUGUAACAAAGAAAAAAAAAACAGAAAAAAAAAACUAACGGUAAUGACCAUUUGUAGAUUAUUUGAAGGGGGGGAAAAAAAAGUUGAUCCUUUGCAUUGCCUAAAUUCUGACCAAGGGUGAACCCUAUGAUUCAUACGUCAUGGGCCAAGGGCUAUUUUUUUUGUU